AUGCCGGCCCGCCGGUCGAAGGUGGCGGAGGCCGCCGACAAGGCCGCUGAUGGCUCCGACUCUGACGUCGAGAGCGAGGAGGCGCUGGCGGACAUGGCCACCAGCGUGCUACUUGCCGUCGGCGACGAGGGGAGCGAGCAUGAGCAGGAAGGGGGGGAGGAGGGCGACGCGGAGGAGGAGGGGUGCGCUGAGGAGGAGGGGCGCGCUGAGGAGGAGGCUGGGGAGGAGGGGGCGAGCGCCGCGCCCAAGAAGCGCAGUGGAAAGUCCGCCAAACGCAUCCUUCAGCAAGAGAAGACAAGAAUGGUCAACCGAAUGCUGCAGCUUCUACGGGCGGGCGACCCCGCUGAUCGGUUCAGGUCAUUGAGCAUGGCGGACAUGGCGGAAGCUCGGAAAACGGCCGACGUCGACAUGGGGCGGAUGAGGGAGGCUGCCGGUGCGGAGGCUAGGCCCGGGACCGCCAACUUGCUUGGCCACAGCGCACAACGUAGCCUCGCGCGGGCGUUGGUCGACCAGCUGGACCCCGACAACAGGAGGGCGCUCCGCGACGACGUGGGGAGCAUAUCGGCGACCAUCGCGGACGUCGUCGUCGCCGAGGGGGCGCUCAUCACAGCCGCCCAGAGCUUGGUCGAGAUCUGCAGACUGGCCGGCGAGCCCCUCCGACUCAUCGUUGCAUCCUCUCGGAGCGCAGGCCGCAGCUACCUGGUCACGGACUGCGACGACACAGCGCGGAUCGUGGCGGGGGACCUGAUGGGGCAGCCCGUCGACACCGCCCGCGCAGCCCGGCGUGCUGUGGACACCUACGUGGGCUCCCUGUUUGUUGAGGGGGAGAAAAAUGGGGGGAAGAGAAAACACAGGGCUAAAAAAGACGGGGAUGAAAAAGAAGCGCUCGUAGCCAAGUCGUCUCUGGCUCCGCCCACCCCGCGCAGGCAAACCCCUGGCGCCCAUCGUGCCCAUCUGGAAAAACAGAGAGGGCCUCCGCGACGCACUUCGGGACAAGUACAACAGUGCAUCCGGCAGGGACAUCAGGCGCACGCCUUGGCCCUGAUCCGCGCGCUGACAAACCCCCUCCUUGUCGUGGGCUGGCCGCCGUACUCGCUGUAUGGCCACACCUUUGGCAAGACCGCAAGCAAGGAGGAAGUGGCAAGCUUCUCGCUGUACUGGGACUGCAUUCAGCUCCGUCGGCGCGAGGACGUGAGCAUCGACGACCUUUUCGCGGAAGAAAGGCCCGGGGACCCGCUGGCAUCGGUGCCCGGCGUGACCAAGAACGGCUGGGAGGGGGCAGGGCCCACGGCUGCUCAGAUCGAGGCGCUUUCUGGCUCCCCAGUCAGCGGGGUCGGCGAGGGGGCAUCGGGGAAGGUGGCCAUGGAGGCGGCGGAGGGGGUGGGGGAGGAGGUGGCAGAGAAGACGGCGGAGAAGGCAGCGGAGAAGGCGCCGGGGGAGGCUGAGGCUGGGAAGCGCAAGCGCGCAGAGGAGGGGGAGCCGGAGCAAGCGCCCCCCGAGAAGGGGGCCAGGCCCACUGCAGCCGCGGAGGAGGAGGGGUCGGAGGAGGAGGGGUCGGACGAGGAGGGGUCGGACAGGGAUAGGAAUUGGGCGGAGGAUAUGGCCACGCUAUCUCUUCGCCUGACCCAGGCCCGCCAAACGGCGGACUAUCACGGAGGGUUCAAGGGGAGGUACAAAGCCACAGGCGGCCCCGAGGCCUCAAAGCUGCUCGACGAAACCAUGCACCUAUUCAAAAGCUUGCGCGCUCAGAGGCUAAUGGCGGGAAAGGGGGCAAGAAUGCGAUCAGGCAAAACGUGGCAACUUUGGGGAAGGCGGCGGACCGCAUAUGGGAAGGCUACAGGGGCGUCGCAGAUGACAUUUACGCGCGCAUGCAGGAAGCGGCAAAGCAGGUAUGAGUUGGGGGAGACGAGAGGCAAAACGACGGGCACCCAAACCCAAGCUGGCCGCACCGAAACUGGCCAAAGGGGAGGAGUACUUGCUUGGCAACACCGAGGCGCGCGAGCACUGGCAGGUGGCGCCGCUGACGAGCAUCGGAUUCAAUGCAAAGGGUGUCCAAAGUCAUGGGCGGAGGUGGAGAGGGGGUUGGGCCUGCCGAAGCCUGCCUCAGUGGUGCCCUAUGCGCGCGCCACCGGCCACGGCGAGAUGCCCGGCUUCUGGAUGCCGCCACAGGCUGUGAUGGACGAGUGCGCACGCCUGGCCCAGUAUGGCGACGUCGGCCCCUUCACUCUGCCGCCGACCGUGCUUGGCCUCUACCCAAACCUGAAGGAGGCGGGGAGCGGGUGGAUGGGCGCGCCCGACAUGGCCAGCCUAGUGGGGAACAUGGCCGGCGGGCCAAAGAGCGCAAGCAAUCGGCUGUCGCUGACCACGAUAUACACGUACGUCGACACCCUGGCGAAGUCGGCGGCCGUGACCCAGAGGGAGACAGGGCAACCCCUACGACGCAUGUGGACGGCGGGCGAGGCGCUGCUGAUUGGGGAGGGGUGCUUGGCUCCCGCAUACAUUCACCCGCGAUCGGGGAAAAUGAACGCGGCCGCAUGGACCGAGGACAUUCGCUGGCGCAUCAUGGGCAGGGUGCGGUGGGCCCACGUCCCCCCCCCCAUCUAUGUGUCGCACCCCCGCCAGCAGGACAUGGACUCCUGCGGGGUUCUGUUGUGCUGCAUGGCCAGCUGGAUUAUUCACGGCACGGUGGGGGAGCGCGAUGCGAAGGGGGCGCCUGUGCUCCCGGCCACGUACUCCACCAGUCAGGUCAACGUUGCGCGCUGGACGAUCAUGUGGACCAUUCUGCACGGGAAAGCCUCGAACAUCACGGCCGUGGGCAAGGAUCAAGGGGGCACGGAAGGCUGGGCGGCCCCUCUGGGCGACAUGGCCAGCUGGGUGGCCGGUGGACGGAAACCACCGGCGGCCACAAGUGCAGCGACCCGCGCGGCAGAGUCGAAAACCGCAGAAGCCGUGGCAGGGAGCGCUGGCGGCAGGGAGCCGUCGGUCAAAGCGGUCGGCGGUGAUGGUUGA